AUUGUGUUGUAAAAUCUGGCGAUCGGGCGGGAGGUGGGCGUGUAUGGGUUAGGUAUAAAUUCCACAUGCGAGCUCCCCAGGUGUACAGGAACACGAGCAUUCCAGUGUCUCGUGCAUUUUCACUCACAGGUAGUUGCAAGUGCAAGGAGAAGACAUGACUAUCCUUAGUAACAUCGCAAUUGUCCUGGUUUUUGCCUGCAUCGCUCAGCUGGUACUGGUUGCGGACUGUCGGAAGGGCCAGGGUAAAAAGGGAAAGAAGGACAGCCGGGGGACAGAGAGUAUGGAACGAGCGCCAAAGCCGGCUCCGAUACAGCCUUCUUACCGAAACGAGAAAGAACAGAAGAGCCCAUCUGUAAAGGGGGUGCCCAAGGGCAGAUUUUCAACUAAAGACAAAACUCAAUGCACCUGGGUAGCAAUCGGAGAGGACGUGUUCACCCUUGGUGUUAACUGCAAGAAAGGAGGGGACAAUUUUGAUUGCGAGUACAAAGCAAUACCCACAGAUUGCCCCGAGUAUGCGUCCCGUGUCAAAGCCUACUGGAAACAGAUUGCCCGUUCUCUGAAGAAACAGAAGGCUCUCUGCAAGGACCCCGCGGCGUUAGUGAAAGCCGGUAUGUGCAAACGUGCCCCAAAGACCGCCCAUUUCAAACUUAGCAACACGCCAAGUAAGCACCCAGAAAGCGCAACACAUCCCCCUCCCUCACCGAGCGGUAAAUCGUGCACCGAGUAUCAGAAGCAACGAGCAGAAGAACACUGCAGCGAAUCGUGGUCAAGUUUGUGUACUUUAUUUUUCUCAAUGGUGCAGGGUGGUGAGGACUGUUGAACAUACAUUUAUCCAUGCUUUCCUGUUACGCUAUUGUCAAUGUCAAUGUUUUGAUCCCAA